UUGAUUUUGAACUGUUCAGAUCGAAGCUUAUAUUGUGAAUGUCUUUGAGUAAUUCGGAUUGUUUAGGAAGCACUAGAUCUAUCAAAAUUGAGGCUGGGGAAGGGUGGUUCCAUGCGUGAGAAUCUUUUGCGGUCUUGGAAUGCGGUUGACACGGUCGGUUGAAUUCGUAAUCUGGAAAUACCCUUCUCAUGUAGGCAAGGCGCAUGCGCGAAUGACAUCAUUGGGCGGAGUUAUGUAAAUGAGUGCGGCGUUCGAUCUCGUUCAAGACAAGAUGGUAAUGCACGGACAAAGCGAUAUAUUGGAGGUUUUACUCGGGAGGACCCCUGAACUGGUAAAUGCCGGCGGGGAGUUUAAUUUCUUUGCCCCGUCGACGGAGCGAGAACAGGCACUUGACAUGGACAUAUUUGAAGACAAUGCGGACCUCACUCUUCUAGACAUUGUCGCAGGCGACCAGUGCUUCGUCGAGGAAGUUGUACCUCAGUCGUCGGUUCCGGAGGAAGUCUACAAUGUCACCGUCACGACGUCCAAUGAAGACGACCAGAUCCUGCAUGACGGCGAAUCGCUUGUCUUUCAGUUCCCACCAACUGUUCCUUACAACAUCGAAACCGAGACCACCACAUUGGACGCCUCAUUUCUGCAGAGCUUUGCCUGUGUUAGCCAACCAGAAGACACAGUGGACUCGGAGUCUCUGUAUUCCACGUCUACCGUCCCAAACACGCCAUUCAGUCCCUCUUCGCCCGUGUUCUUGCCCUACGGCGACACCUCCUCCCAGAGUUCCACGUCCGCCGACUCCACUUCCGGGAACGUGCCGGCGUUCGUAAAAGAGGGUUUAAAAAUGGCCAUUCGGAACAAGAGGCGGAGCGAGGGGAAGGGUGAUAUCAGGGUGGAGUUCGUGCCACCAGCUCCCGAACAGCUAACCGACGAGGAGAAGGCGCUGCGAGAUGAGAAGAGGGAGAAGAACAAAAUGGCGGCCCAAAAAUGUAGAGAAAAGAAACGUGUGAGAAUAGAUGUCCUAGAAGCGGAAACGAGAAAGUUGAAGGGAAAGAUGGUUGCGUUCCAGACUGAGAUUCAGAAGUUGAUCGAGGAGCGAGAUCACCUGAUGGACGUAAUCAGCGUACACAGCCAGGUGUGUCCCGUCUUCCGGGCGCAGCUGCCGCCACAUUGACACCCGCCGUCCUAGCGCACGGACGGACAAACCCGGGACCCCCACUGGACUUGACCAAUCAGUCUGUUGAACUGAACGUUAGCCAACACUGGCCGCGGUGUGACAGGGCGGUGACUGAUAUACAUGUAUGCAUUUGUUGGAUAGCUAUCAUGAAAUACUAUAUUUUAUCUAUUAUGUUGUUAUUUAAAUGUGAACAUUACGUGUGAUGGAGUCAGCUUUGUUCUUACCGAAGCGGCAGAGAUGUUUGUUAUAUUUAAUUUGUAUGACAAUAUCUGAGCAAACCAUGUUUAGAAGUUUUUGUUUGACCGCCAGAUUGAGAAUGAUUGAAACCAGAAGUCAGUUGAACUUUUCCGCGUAUGAAUUUCCGCACGUCGACGUAGAAGUGAAACAUAGAAUUGUACAUGUAAUAAAUAAAGAAAGUACAAGUCAGCAAUUUGCAUAAACACUCCUGAAUAACGGGGAGCGGCCUAGAUAUUUAAUACGGCCGCUGUAGAUAAACGAUCAUGAAUGGGGUACGUUUUCAAUGUCACUAUCAUAGAUAAACAUGUAUAUAUCCUACAAUGGACAAGUAUAUAUGCGUGGGUGUAUAUUGAGUGUCUUUUGUUUAUAAAUAUGUUAAUUUAUAACAUUGAAAAAUGAACACUUUCGUCAUCUUAAAAGUGUUAAUGAAACGCGACAAUGAACUAACACUAUGGGUGUUUGUGAGUUGGUAAUGCAUUGUUACAGUGGCAACGGUUUCUAGUGCAAUAAGUUAAAACUAGAUUACUAUUUUAUUUAAUAUUGAAUUGGUUAACUAGAAAAAAGUUAAACUUCGUCUUAAGCAAGUAUUACAAAGGUUGGUUCAUUACAACCGAACCUUUGCGUCAUCGUUCCGGAUGCCUUGCAGAGACUGGUACAUCUGACCUGAACUUGUUUCCAUGCAUCAUUUUAGUUGUUGAACACAAUGUUGUAAACCAUGCACAUUCUAUCAAGCUAUAUUAAAAGGCAGCAUUUUUAUAGUUCAUCUUUUGUUUGUACAUGCACCAUUGACAUUCUCAUAUAACUUUACUUGAACUGUAUAUUGACAUAGAUUUUUACCUCAUUGUUACAAUUCUUCGGGAUGAUGUUAUUAUAGUUUGUGUGUUUCAACUAUUUUGUAGGUUUUGCAUUGUGAACAAGUUUUAAAAAAUAAAAGUAUAACAACAA